AUGGUGAACUCCAAACAGGAACUUGUUCUAUACAGUAUCGCUGGAAAGCAUGCCAUUAUCAACACAUCCCUUCUUGCAAGUGGCCAAGGGGUACCAGCAUUAAGACCUAUUAUUAAAGUUGAUUCCCAAAGUGCUUCAAUGCAAGUUCAUGAUUUGACAUUACACAAAGUUGUUAAGCUUGAUGAUGAUAGAAUGUUGGUUGAACAUUCAAUGUUUGAGAUGAACUAUUGCAAAAGAAGGGUUAUUAGCUUUAAGGAAUACUUUGGUGAGCAAAUCCAAUGGCCAGUUAUAGUCUCAAAUGUUAUUGAACAUCCUAUCCAUACUGGUAAUGCUGCUUUGUUUGUUAGACAUGAUCCUAAAAUCGUAUUUGGUGCACAGAUGUUGAGGGUAUUGUUUGAUUUUGAUAUGGAUGAGGUUGAUUAUAGUGAUGAAAACACUUUCAAGUGGAAACCAAUUCCUGGAAUGACACCUGAGGAGGAGAAACCGUUAUAUGAUAAGAGUUUAAGGGAGUUUUUGGAAAGAAAGUUCAAUAAUGAUGAUGAUGAUGAUGAGGAUAAAGAAGAUGAAGAUGAUGAAACAUCACAUGAACAUAUUGUCAAUCAUCCUGAAGCACCUGUCUUGGAUGAAGAUGAUGGGGAUUUAUUCAAACCAGAAGGACUAGUUUAUGGUGAUGAUAUGAUGAUUGAAAAACCAAAAUCUCGUGGUCCGAACAACUGA